AUGAAUACGAAUAUAAGCUGUGUAAACAGUUCUAGUCCGGUACCUGAGCGGUUCAUUCUCGAUCGCCCACCUUGGGUAGCAAACACCCUGGCGGGACUGCUCAUAUUUACCAUUGUGAUCGAUAUCUUGGGGAAUCUACUUGUCAUCUUGUCAGUUUAUCGGAACAAGAAAUUGAGGAACGCCGGAAAUAUAUUUGUUGUCAGCCUGGCCAUUGCAGAUCUAAUAGUAGCAAUCUAUCCAUACCCGAUGGUUUUGACAUCUAUAUUUCACAACGGCUGGAAUCUGGGCUACAUGCAUUGUCAAAUCAGUGGUUUCCUGAUGGGUUUGAGUGUGAUUGGAUCAAUUUUCAAUAUCACUGGUAUUGCCAUCAAUCGGUAUUGCUACAUCUGUCACAGCCUGAAGUACGACAAGCUCUACAGUGACAAGAAUUCCCUGUGCUUUGUAAUCCUCAUUUGGACCCUGACAUUUAUAGCAAUCGUUCCAAAUCUGUUUGUGGGAUCUUUGCAAUAUGAUCCGAGAGUCUACUCAUGUACUUUUGUGCAAUCUGUGAGCUCUGCCUACACUAUCUCGGUGGUGUUUUUUCAUUUUAUCCUCCCUAUUGCUAUUGUCACCUUUUGUUACUUGAGAAUAUGGGUCCUUGUCAUCCAGGUCAGAAGACGUGUAAAGCCAGACAUGAAACUCAAGCUGAAGCCCCACGACUUGCGGAACUUUGUGACGAUGUUUGUGGUCUUUGUGCUCUUUGCAGUUUGCUGGGCGCCCCUUAAUUUUAUUGGUCUUGUUGUAGCUGUCAACCCAGAUGCAAUUGCCCCAAGGAUCCCAGAAUGGCUAUUUGUAGCCAGUUAUUUCAUGGCAUAUUUCAACAGCUGCCUUAAUGCUAUUAUCUAUGGACUGUUGAACCAGAAUUUCAGAAGAGAGUACAAGAGAAUUAUAAUCUCUCUCUGCACUGCAAGGAUUUUCUUUCCAGAGAGUUCUAAUGAUGUGCCUGACAGAAAUAAAAGUAAACCAUCUCCUUUAAUGACAAACAAUAAUCAAGUGAAGGUAGAUUCUGUCUGA